AAAUCUACUCUACAAUUUGCCCUUUGCUACCCUUUUUCAUUUCCCAAAUGAACCCGAGACCUCAGUAGCUUGUUUGGCGCCUAAACUAACCAACAGUAGUCUUCUUCAUAACUAUAUAGAAAUUACUCCAUAACAAGAACAAAGCUUGUUUGGGAACUAAGAAAGCAGAGGAAAACGCAAAGAAAAUUUACUACUCCGAUUCUCGGGAAAAUGGCUUGCUACUUCCUCUAUGCGCAUCUCAACCUCAUUGUCUUCUCGUCAAUUUUGAUUUCUCAGACCUUGGCGUUCACUCUUCUACCUGAAGUCUCAGCUCUCCAAGAUCUAUACAGGGCCUUAAACUACCCGCCCGCGCUCCAAGGAUGGAAUGGCAGCGAUCCGUGUGGGGAGUCUUGGAAAGGAGUGGCUUGUUCAGAGUCAUCAGUAAUACAUAUAAAAAUUCAAGGACUAAACCUCACUGGGUUUCUUGGAAGCAUGCUAAAUAAUCUACAUAACUUGAAGGAACUUGAUGUUAGUUCUAAUAACAUUUUGGGUGAAAUUCCGUUCGGUUUACCUCCCAAUGUCACACAUAUGAAUUUAAGCCACAAUUGCUUAAUUGGACCCAUUGGCAAUGUGUUUACUGACUUACACAAUCUCGAAGAAUUGGACCUUUCAUACAAUAAUUUCUUGGGAGAUCUACCAUGUUCAUUUGGAUCCCUAACAAGCCUUGCUAGAUUGUUCCUGCAGAAUAACAAAUUCACUGGAUCAGUCGCCUACCUGGCUGAACUUCCACUUACUGAUUUGAACAUUCAAGAUAAUUUGUUUAGUGGCAUUCUUCCACAUCAUUUCCAGUCCAUACAAAAUUUAUGGAUUGGAGGGAAUAAAUUCCAUGCAACGGACAACUCUCCUCCCUGGACUUUUCCUUGGGAUACUUUACAAGUUGACCAUAAUAUUAGUCACCCACCCACAGCCACAACUCAGGCAAAUGCCAUAAAGAACUAUGCUCCUCCCAAAGUAAGUGAGUACAAGAAGAAACAUAUAGGUCCUGGAGGAAUAGCUCUAAUGGUUGGUGGGGGAACACUUCUGGCUACAUGUCUGACAUUCUUUGUUGCAAUCCGUUUGAACAAACUCCGUGCACAAAGCUUUGACUUGAAGAACUUUGAAAGCAACCAUAUCUCUUUGCAUUCUCAUCCAACCAGUGCAACCAUAGAGAUCUCUUCUGCUGCACUGGAUGAGAGCCCACAAAUCCCACCAUCUUAUACUGCAUCCCUUUUGGGUCCAAUGCGAUUGCCUUCCCUGCACCACAAAAAUGUAGAGGAAUCAGCAAGAAGGAGUUUUUCCAGAAGACGCAGAUUCACCGGAAAGACGAAUAUUUACACAGAAGCAGAGCUUCAGUUAGCCACCAACAACUUCAAUGAAGGCAACCUUCUGGGAGAGGGAUCUCUUGGUCCUGUUUACAUAGCUAAAUUUACGGAUGGCAAAGUUUUGGCUGUGAAGAAUAUAGCAAUGGCUGGACAGUCUUUCAGAGAAGAGGAAAAGUUCCUGGAUGUCAUUUGCACGGCUUCCCGACUGAAGCACCCCAACAUUGUAGCACUCAAUGGUUAUUGUUUGGAGCGCAGAAAGCAUCUUCUUGUUUACGACUACAUUGGAAAUUUAACUCUAGGCGAUGCUCUUCACAGUGGGGCAUGCAAGCCUCUAUCGUGGAUCCACCGCCUUCGGAUUGCUGUAGGUGUUGCCCAGGCCCUGGACUAUUUGCACUCAGCAUGUUGCCCCCCUGUGGCCCAUGGUAACUUGAAGGCUGCAAAUGUUCUACUGGAUGAAAAUUUCAUGCCUCGUGUUUGUGACUGUAGCUUGGCUAUUUUGAGACCAUUGAGGAGUGAUCUAGUUCAGAUUCCAGCUCCUGAGAUUAUUGGUAGAGAGAGAGGCUACUGCAGCAGAAGGAAAGACGUGUUUGCCUUUGGGGUAUUGCUUCUGGAACUGUUAACAGGAAGGAAACCUUUGGAUGGCUAUCUUUUUCAUCAAUCUUGCAUUCCAUUUAUUUCAACACGGUGCCAGGGUAGUUGGACCGAAUUAUGGCCUCUAUUUCAAUUUCAACACAGUGCCAGGCCAAGUGAGGAGCAAUAUCUGGUGAAAUUGGCUUCACCCAAGCUUCAUGAUAUCGUGGAUCCCAGCAUGAAAAGGACAUUUUCAUCCAAUGAACUUUCAUGUUAUGCUGAUAUCAUCUCCCUCUGUAUACAGCCUUUAAAGCAAUUCCGUCCUCCAAUGUCGGAAGUUGUGGACUCUCUUGUAUCUUUUUCCCAAAAGUUCAGCUUUGCAGAGAGCGAUAUGGAAGAUGGUGCUGAUUUUGAUCUAUUUGAGAGGUCUUUCCGUUCAACCAACACAUGCUUUAUAGGUUCACCUGUAUUGAGCCAUGUAUCAGCCUGAUAUACAACAUCAACGUUUGACGUAGAAGCCGCCUGGGUGAUAUUAACCAGCUAGAAGACAUUAAGGUGUUCUCUCAUUGCAUAUGAGAAUCAUCAAUGUUGCAGAUAAUUCAGUUAGACAAGGAUGUAGUUAGUUGGACUUGGCUAACAUACCUUAUCUGGAAGAAGGUGGUUAGUUAAUAGCUAUAGCUGUGUAUAAGUAGUCAGUUGACAGUUACAAGUGUGUAUUGAUGAAUAACUGAUGCAGUGUAUUGUGAUAUAAAUAAAUAUCUCAAUACAAUUUUUUUCAACUUAGUAAUC